AUGGCUUCCCCCCUCCUGGAGCAAGCGGCUGGAGUGCUUCGCGAGUGUGAUAGCAAGCUGAUUGAAUAUAAAUUAAUUCCCGGGAACAAGAGCCAGACGCUCGAAGCUCGUUACACUCACGCCAAGAAGAACCAAGAGAAUCUCUAUAGAGCCUCUCCUCUUGAUGAGUUGUUGGCGAAGGCCCACUGCGCUCUGGCGCAAGGGCUUCUCAAGGAUAUACAGAAGACUAUCAUUAAGGCCCGUGAUUCAAACUUGUAG